CAAGAACUCAAGCCUUUGGAAGUCUCGUCCACCGGUUGGAAGCCGAUGAGCCUCGCCACUGGGGCGCAGCAACCUCUACCAAGUGGUUUCCUGCCACCGGACGCGGUCCAGCGAAAGGUCAAGGCGGCUCUCAAUAAGAUGACACCCGAGAAGUUUGACAAGAUCUCGAACGACAUUCUCACCAUUGCCGAACAAUCGAAGCACGAGAGUGACGGUCGUACUCUUCGUCAAAUCAUCCAGCUGACGUUCGAGAAGGCUUGCGACGAAGCCCAUUGGGCGUCCAUGUACGCCAAGUUCUGCAGUUUGAUGCUUGCUAAAAUGAGCAAGGACAUCAAGGAUGAGAACGUCAAGGACAAGAACGGAAACCCAGUUGUCGGUGGCCCACUAUUCCGCAAAUACCUUCUCAACCGGUGCCAGGAGGAGUUCGAGCGUGGAUGGGAAAUCAAUCUACCCGACCAGCCGGAGGGCCAAACCGAGGCGGCUGCCAUGCUCUCCGAUGAGUACUACAUCGCUGCUGGCGCAAAACGACGCGGCUUGGGCCUCAUCCAGUUCAUCGGUGAGCUGUUCAAGCUUGGCAUGUUGACGGGACGGAUCAUGCACGAGUGCGUGCUCAAGCUGCUCAAUUUUGAGGGCUUGCCAGACGAGACCGCCAUCGAGAGCUUAUCCAAACUUCUCCGGACCAUCGGCGAAGCCAUGGACAGCGACGAGAAAGGCCAAGCCGCCAUGAACCACUACUUCGAGCGCAUCGACAAGAUCCUCAGCAUGGAUGGGCUUCCGAGCCGAAUGCGCUUCAUGCUGAUGGAUGUGGUUGACCUUCGGAGAACCAACUGGCGGUCGAAGGAGACCAAUAAGGGCCCCAAGACCAUCCAAGAGAUUCACACCGAGGCGAUGGCUGCGAAAGCAGCGCAGGAGUUGGAGCGCCAACGUUCACACCAGCGUGGAAGUCGGCCCAACGUGGGUCGGGGCGACUCGCGAACAUUCUCCGGCCACAUGGGA